AAGAAAAUUUCGCUGUUGCCAACAGAGACGGAGCAACAAAAAUCAUGACGGAAGACAGCCGUGCAGCAACCGGCACGUACACAAUCAGGCCGCGUUUCGAGCAAAAGUUUCGGCCGCAAGUGGUGGAAAAGUUGAUCCAUGCAAUUCUCGUGGAGGGACUGAGCGACAAGCAGUACAGCCAGGACCUCUGCAAGACUUGGACAGAGCAAAUUAGCGACUCAAUCAAGACUAAAUUAAAGGAGUUGAACCUAGACAGGUACAAGUAUGUUGUGCAGGUGGUGAUAGGAGAGCAGAGGGGAGAGGGAGUUAAGAUGAACUGUAGAUGUUUCUGGGACUCUGACACAGACAACUAUGCCCGAGAUAUCUUCAUGAAUGUGAGCCAUUAUCCUAACCCUAGGAAUCAGUUCCAGUGUAUAUAG